GCACUGAUAGGCAGCAUUUAUGGGCACUGAUAGGCAGCACUGAUAGGCAACACUGAUGGGCACUAAUGCACUGGGUUGGCAUCAGGGGCGGACUGACAACUCAUGGGGCCCCCGGGAAAUCGGGGAUCAUGGGGCCCCUGUGUCCUUGCCCAAACUCAACAAGCCUAUGAAAAAGGUACCAGGGGCAUCUCAUGGGGCCCCCUACUGACCCCGGGCCCUCGGGCAGUGCCCGAGUUUCCAAAUGGUCAGUCCGCCCCU